AAAGCGAUCAAAAUGGACGAAGAAUACGGGGAUAUAGACGGAUCGUACGAUGGUCCAGCUUUGACGUACACGAAUAUUUCCAGCCAAGUCUUUGAGCUUCUUCAUUAUGAGAUUAUGUUCUCGUUGGACGAGAGAAGGCAUGGUGCUGUCAUUAUUCACCUUCUCAUCUGCCUCUAUGCAUUCGCUGCUCUCGCUAUUCUGUGCGAUGAUUAUUUCUGUGCUGCGUUGAACAAGAUUUGCAAGAGAUUAAACAUCCACCCAGAUGUGGCCGGAGCAACUUUCAUGGCAGCCGGAAGCUCCAUGCCGACGAUGUUCAUCUCAGUGACGUCAGUCAUUCUGGACGAGGGGGAUAUAGGCCUUGGAACGAUCAUAGGAUCAACGAUGUUCAAUAUUCUAUUUAUCACAGGGGUCUGUGGCUUGGCAACAAGUGUUGCAAUUAACCUCAAGCCGUACUCCAUCAUCCGGGACUCGUUUUGUUACGUCAUAUAUCUGAUAAUUCUUCUUCUCACAAUGUUUGACGGAAUGAUCUACUGGUACGAGGCGUGCAUUGUCUCCUCCUUAUAUGGAGUAUACGUCAUUAUCAUGUAUUAUAACUCAUCUUUAGAACAUCAUUUUAACAGGUGGGCGAGGGCCCACUUCCACCAAACAAGGUCCGGGACCCCAGGAAGGUCCCCUGCUAAAAGUCAUUCUAGAUCCCCCGUGAAAAGCUCCUCCAAAUCUCCCACCAAAACUCACGCAAAUUCACCCACGAUCAAUGGGAAUCCAGACAUAGAGGUUACAGAACCGCCUGAAGAUACCGACCAAGGUGCACUGCCUGAAAAGCGGGCUGCGUCGCCUGAACUUUCAAGCCAGCCCGAUAAUCACUCCACAAUGCCUAACGAGCAACCUGCAUUGCCCGAGGAGAUAGCGGGCACCGAUGCUACGACCAGCCAUACAUCAAACGAUAUUCCAAUAUCAUCCAGUCUUUUGCAUGCUUCAAAUCUUGACGAAGCCAUGACGGAAGGUUACGAUGAUAGAAUGAGCGACGUACAUUCGGUAUAUUCCGAUACCGACGACACGCUACCGCAUACGAAAUACGACGAUGAACCAUUUAAUGCCUUGGCAUUUCCUUCUGGACGAUGGGAAGCAGUACGCUUUGCAAUAAUGUUCCCAAUACGUUUUCUCUACUAUAUUACAAUACCCGAUUGCCGAGUGGCAAGCUGGGAGUCCUGGUACAUAGUGACGUUUGUGAUGUCAAUCGUUUGGAUGGGUCUUCAUUCGUAUGUACUGGUUUGGGCGGUCAGCGUCAUCGGUGUGACAAUAGGCAUCCCAGAAUGCAUCAUGGGUUUAACCCUACUCGCUGCGGGCAGCAGUAUCCCAGAUGCAAUUGCGAGCUUAGUCAUGGCCGAGCAAGGUUUGGGGGACAUGGCACUAGCGAACGCGAUAGGUAGCAAUAUAUUUGACAUGUUAUGCCUCAGCAUUCCUUGGCUGUUAUCGACAACAAUAGUUCAUCCUAACUCCCAAGUCUUGAUCCAGGGCGGUAACAUUGUUUACGUCUCAAUGACAUUAUUCGGAACGGUGGCCCUGGCAUUGGCCAUUCUGUAUUACAACGAAUGGCGUCUGGAUAGGAAACUGGGGGCGGCGAUGAUGACAUCCUACUUGUUCUUCUUAUCCGCAGCCGUCCUCAUAGAGUCGUUUCCAAGCCACAAAAAAAUCACUCAUCCACUUCACAGGCCCGACCUGCCUCAUCAGGGACUGGGAACCUCUGAAUCACAUCGAGUUAAAAAUAAGAUUAAGUCCACUGGAUUCACAUGGAACUAGGGUCUGAGUCUUAUAAAUGGAUUAACUUUUUCAAACUAGUACAAACCUUUAAAAUUUUUCAACAAUAUUUCGCAUUUUAUAUAUUUACACUUUGACUGAAAAACAUUGGCUGUGUAUGACAGACUAUUAAGUACUUUUAAGAAUUAUUUCAUUUAAAAGAAGGGAAAAUAUAAUAAUAUAUACUGCACUGCCAAUGUUCAUUUAUAAUCCCACUUGAGCUUUGGUUUAAUACCGGCUCAUGUAAAUAGCCCUUAGUAAUGCCUUAGUCUCUUGAAUUGUGUUUUAAACUUUUAAAAGCCUAAAUGCAUGUUUGAAGUAUGUUCAAGAUAGGUAGAUAUAUCGCGAUUGUAAAAUUUAACUUUGUAUUAUAUAUAAAUUUAUAUACAAUAGCAGCAUUGACAAGUUGCCAGUGGCUAUUGAACGUCAAAUAUCAUGAAAAUUUCAUUAGUGAAAUUCACUAAUGGUACUCGACAAAAUCUCUGAAUGUUUUAGUUAGCUAUACAAUCGUCGCCAUAUGUUUCAUAAAUUUUUCCUAAUUCAGCUGAAAAACUGGGUAGAAGGUUGAAAAUGUAAACAUUUUUGGACGAUAUAGUUUAAUAAAUGACUACGAAAGAUCUUACCUUAUUGUGAAAACAACAUAUCUUUAGUUGUGUCCAUCAGAAACGACAUUGAAAUAUGGCGGUCGCGAUGAAAUCUGAAAGAUAGGAAACAUUCGAUAUUUAAUUUGUAUUUCAUUAAGAUGUACUAUAUAAUUCACUAAUAUCUCAAUUAACUUGUAUUCUAAUUUAAUUUGUACUCUAAUUAAUUUAUAUUUUGAUUAACUUGUACUCUAAAAAAUUCGUAGUCCAAUUAAU